AAACUACGGCCCGGUCCGGCUUGUCGCCCCCGACUCCGGCGACUCCGCGACUGCGCACUUCCAACUCCGCCGCCGCCCGAGCCCGAGCGAAGCUGCCGAAGAAGCAAGCGUGGCUCCCUUCCCUCUCCCUCGGUCGACCAGAUGGACGGCCGCGUGAAGGUGGUGGGGCAGGUGGAGCGCGUGGACGGAACGUCGCUGACCUACGCGGAGUUCGUCAACCGCUUCAUGGCGCCCAACCGACCCGUCGUCCUCACGGGGCUCACCGCGUCCUGGCGGGCCUGCGAGGACUGGACGCUCCCCGGCCCCGGCGACCGCCGCCGCCCUGACCUCAGCUUCUUCGCCCGGAACUUCCCCUCCCCUCUCGUCCAGGUUGCUGACUGCUCCUCGAGGGAGUUCACGGACCAGAAGCGCCUUGAGAUGUCCAUGCAGGAGUUCAUCGAUCACUGGGUUGGAGACGCUCAUGGUGGCUCCAGUGCUGGGGAUCGCGAGAGCUCCCUGUUGUAUCUGAAAGAUUGGCAUUUCGUUAAGGAGUACCCUUAUUAUGUUGCAUAUACUACACCAACAUUCUUUGUUGAUGAUUGGCUCAACAUGUAUCUUGACAGUCACCGUAUACAUAGAGAUUCUGACAUUGCCAAUCAUAAAAAUGAAAUAAACUGUUCGGACUAUCAAUUUGUUUACAUGGGAGAAAAAGGAACCUGGACUCCUCUGCAUGCUGAUGUUUUUAGGUCAUACAGCUGGUCAGCAAAUGUUUGUGGGAGAAAACAAUGGCUGUUGCUACCACCAUCACAAAGUCAUCGUGUAUUUGAUAGGUACAUGAGAUCCUCGGUCUAUAACUUAAAUGAUGAUGUUUCUGAAAAGCUUUUUCCUGAAUUCAAUAAGACUGAAUGGCUAGAGUGCAUUCAAGAGCAGAAUGAAAUCAUAUUUGUUCCCAGUGGAUGGUAUCACCAAGUCCAUAACCUGGAGGAUACUAUAUCUAUAAACCAUAAUUGGUUUAAUGCCUACAACCUGCACUGGGUGUGGAACUUGCUUUAUGAAGACUACAAAGUUGCAAAAGAAUAUAUUGAAGACAUUCGAGAAAUAUGUGAUGAUUUUGAAGGGCUUUGCCAACGGAACUUGGCGGCUAAUACAGGGAUGAACUUCUAUGAUUUCUUCAUUUUCAUAGUGCGGUUUGCUUUAGCCAAUGUAAUUGAGCUUUACCAUCUUCAGCAGCCAGAGGUUGCAACAUUUUCAACAGAAACUGCACUCCCUUUUGUCUAUAAUCUGAAGUCAAUUCGUAAUGUUGCAUCAAAAAUGAUAACUACAGAGGCUUUCACUACUGAGAAUCUUCGUAGUAUUUCUGAAGAUAACCGUAAUGCUUUCUCCAAUGUCAAACAAAUAUUAGAAGAGGAGAGUUUCAGAAGGCUAUUGGUGACACUGUCACAGGCAUAUGAACACAUAGACAGAGGGCAAAGACAUUGUCUUAAAUCUUCUACUUCAUAUCAGAAGAGCUGUUUGUCAGCGAUCUGCUUGAACUCUGAUUGCAAUGUGGUUGAUCACAUUAUUUCUUUGAUCAGUGAAGUUUGUGUACCUGCAGAUUUGGUGACACUAAUUGAUAGUGCUCUCUCUGAUGGAUAGUUUUUAGUCCAUCUAGCAUGUGCCCACGUUUCAUGACGUAAACUCCAAACAUGAAGUUUUCUGAUGUGACAUUUGCAUAACAGUGGAAGGUCAAAAGAUUGCACCCUUUUGUGGCAAUCAGGCUGUUUAAUUCUUCCAUGCAGAAGAUGUCACUAAGGAUGUAAUUAUUGGUCAAAUCACCCACCUUUCUGAUAAUUGCAUUCAAGUUGGAUGGACAAAAUUUGCACUGCUUAUAUAUCCAAAUGAUUUCCAAAUAUUUUACUACAUUCAACCUGUCAUAUAUGACAGGUGGAGAAUCUUGACAAGACAAGGGUUAAAAGCUGUUUUGUACAAUCAAUCAAGGCUUAAGCGAGUGUUCAGCUGUGUUUUAAAGAUGUACUGUACUAUAUUUGAUGAAAAGUUUUCCUGGGGCGAUUGCUGCACAGCAGGAGCAAGAGCACCAAAUUAUAAUUAUUGCCUGUCUGGUGCUCAGAUCCAUUUGGGGACUAAGCAGCAGCAGGAGGGACAUGGAAACAAACAGAUCUGCUGGGUUUCCACUGCGAGUGUUGCUCCUGUCUCCUCUUGGCACUGCCAUCCCGUUCACCUUUCCAGCACCACGCCGUGCCCCUGUCUGCUGGAUUGUUGGCCAUUGCUGCAGUCCUAUGAUAUGCACUGUUCUGUUUUACCAGACAUGCCGAGGCACAAGAACAGGAGGAGCCACUCUAGAUUUCUCCAUUCGUCAAGCCUUGAUGGCUGCAACUGCAAGUGAUCGAUCUAUAACCGACAGGAGCUUCUCGGUUUCUCCGACAGGUAGCUGGGGCUCUUGACAACGCCGCAGUGAAUCCUGUCGCCUGCCGCUCAUUAUCCACUGGCUAGCCGUUGCAGGCCGAUGUCGCUGGUGCUGUUUGCCAUUGAACCUAAUGGAAGCAGCAGGGCUGUAAUGGCGUGCUUAAAUACCCCCUGUCUACAGGCAGAGGAGUUUGUUGCAGUGUUAUUGCCGGCAAUUGCAGCAGCUACCCGUGCCUAUCCCACAUAAUGCUAGUAUACUCCCAACAGCAAGGGACAAACGGAAAUGGUUGUCCUGCAGCCUGCAAGCCUGAAGCUGCUGCGCCCAGUUUGGCCGAGGAAUUGAAACACCAAGGACUCGAUGCCUGUCACCUCACUUCUUGGUGGUCUCGUGUUCGGACUUGGAAACACGCUUGGCUAGUUGGCUCCAGAGGCUGCCAUGCCAUCCACUCUUUUCUGCUUUCGGUGGCUGGCUCUGUUCCUCCUCACCUGUAGCUGUACGCUGUAGAUUCUAGUUCGUUUCGAUUUUCCGGGAGGCAGUGAACUGGAGCAGACCGACCCGUGAGGUGGUCCUGGUGUUCCGACUGUUCUAAGGCUGGGGAAAUGGGUGGAUUAGAUGCUUGUGCUUUGCUGCAACAUGGAUGAUGUAACUUGGACGUGAAGGAAGGGACAAAUGCCUUGGGAGGAAAAAGAAACAAAACAGAAGCUGUAUAUAUAUACACUCCCUACUGCUACACCUCUCUAGAUUCUAAUAAAGGUUAUUAGUAGUACAUACCAUAGCAUUGCCCAAAAUCCCGUCGCUUUGUGGGCUUCUUAUUCCUUUGAUUAUUGUUGCUACUCUGUAACUUAGUCAUCGGUAAAGGUGACUAUGUACUAAGACGCGAUCGAUUGCUUCCCGAGGCGUUUGAUUGCUUCUUGCAUUGCUUCAAUGUUGGUGCAAGAUUUUACAUGUGUGACUGUUGCUUAACGUUGAAGCA